GAGCCAGGCCAGGAGCAUCAGCAUUCAGCGGCCAUCAUCGCAUUCGCGGAGAGAACCCAGAACCGCAACGUAGUGUGUAGAAGACGGAAACGAUCGCGUCACUUCGAUGGAAUUUCUGCUGUAAAAGGUGGUUUAAUUAGAGUGCGGGACACAGUCGAUAAUUGCGUUAGAGAGUGCUAAUAGAGCCCGCGGACGUGAGGGAAGAAGUUUGAGAGUUUCAAGCCCCGGUGAGAAGACUCCGGCCGGAAGUCGCGAUGGGUUGCUUCGAGAGCAAACCCAGCGAGCAGCAUCAGCCUACGGCCGUUCGCGGUUGUACCGAUAUUUUCUGGCUCGUCGUUUACGUUCUGUUCUGGAUUGCGCUGCUGGUGGUGGCGGUCUUUUCGUUCGUGUACGGCAACCCGUUGCGCAUCAUCAAUGGGUACGAUUCGUUUGGAAACACGUGCGGCGUCAAAAGUAACGAGAAGUUUGCUAAAUUUCCGCUGUCCGGGAUGAACACGGUGGACAAGCCUUAUGUGUUCUUCUUGGAUAUUAAGGAGCUGCGGCAGACGUUGAAGAUUUGCGUGAAGGAGUGCCCGAAGCAGCAGAUCAACAGUUCGAUGGCGCUGUACCAGUACUAUGAGGAUAGGGAUACGAAGUACUGCCGGUAUGACUUUGAUAUGAGCCUGCUGAAGACGCAGCAGUCGAGCGAUCCGAAGUACUUUGCGUUCGCUGGGCCGUGUCCGACGAUCCCGGUGUACAAGUCGAAGCCGGUGCUGCACCGGUGUAUUCCGAGCGGGAAGAAUGCUCCGUUGCAUCAGGUGAAGGACAUGUACGCGUUGAUCAACUCUUGGGGUGCGGCGCAGCAGGUGUUUAGCGAUCUUUAUAAGACAUGGCCGACGGUGGUGUUGGUUUGCGGGUUGAGUUUGAUCUUUUCGAUCAUUUUGAUAACGAUGCUGCACUGGUUGACGUCGAUCAUUUCGUGGUUGAUUUGUAUCUUUGUCGCGGUCGCUAGCAUCGGGAUUACGGGGGUGCUUUGGUGGAGUUACUACAAGGCAAAGCACUCGAUGGAUACGGAUGCGAAGUUGUCUUAUCUGGAGGAGCUCGUUCGUAACGAAAGCACAAUCUACGUGUUGGCGAUCCUGGCGACCUGCAUCAUGAUCAUUCUGCUCGUUAUCAUUUACUAUUUGCGCGAGAAACUCAGCGGGUUGGCGGCUCUGUUCGAGGAAGCCGGCAAGUGUAUGAUCGAACUGCCCGGCCUUGCUGGACCGCCGCUGUUGGCCUGCAUAGCGCUAGCGAUCUUCCUCACCUUCUGGGUGGUGGUGAUCGUGUGUUUAGCUACCUCAAACUACCCGAACGUUCGUCCGCUGCUGCCUUUUACCCAGCUUAAGGAGAACCCGGCCAAUACUAGCGUAACGCCUAAACCGGGCGAUCUUCCCGCAGACAACAACACCUACAAAACCUUCGACCUCGUCGAAUACCCGGAAGCGGACUACCUUCGCCACAUGCUCUGGCUGUACAUCAUCGGUCUCAUCUGGACGACGGAGUUCAUCUUCGCGUGUCAGCAGCUCGCGAUCGCCGGCGCCGUCGCGUACUGGUACUUCCGCAAGCCCACCGACACUCCGGUGCUGCAGUCGAUCGGCAAGCUGAUCAAGUACCAUCUCGGCUCGGUGGCCAAGGGAUCGUUCAUCAUUACGCUGUUCAAGAUUCCGCGGCUGAUCCUAACCUAUCUGUACACCAAAUUGAAACGCCACCAGAACGAGGGCUCCGAGUGCGCCAGCUGCUGUCUCAGGUGCUGCAUUUGCAGCUUCUGGCUGCUGGAGAAGUUCAUCCGCUAUCUGAACCACAACGCGUACACCGUGAUCGCGAUCGAGAGUGUGAAUUUCUGUCCGGCGGCCAAGAUUGCAUGGAACGCACUGGUGACGAACGCGCUGCAAGUGGCCACCAUCAACGGCAUCGGCGAUUUUGUGCUGUUCCUCGGAAAGUUGGCCGUGGCCGCGCUCUGCGGACUGAUUAGCAUCCUGAUGCUAAGAGACAAUCCGGACGUGAACUUCUACAUGGCGCCGGUCAUCGUCAUCACCGUGUUUUCGUUCUUCGUCGCGCACAUCAUCCUGUCGCUGUAUGAGAUGGUGGUGGACACGCUCUUCCUGUGCGUCUGCGAGGAUCGCAACAUCAACGGCAACUCGGGCCGCUGGCGGGAAAGCAACCUGGCCCGCCUGCUCGGCGAAGAGCCCGUCCAGGAGGCGGACGCCGUCGAGGCGCCCAUGCAGGUCGUCGAAAUGACCCCGAUCACCAAGCAGCCCUUCUCGGUGCAGAGUCUGCACAUGACCGACAUCGACAUUGACAACAACGACAAAGCUUAAGCAAGCGGCCCGCGAAAACUCAAAAGUGAACCAACACAACCGUGUAUCUCCUCUCCGACCAACGCGCCGCCGGUUCGGUCCGCGAGUGCUUCGAAUAAUGUGUGCUUCAACGUCGUCUACGAAUACCAAUUCUGUUUUGGUAGGCUGAGCAAGCUUGAGCGGGACGCGCCGGAACGGUACAACAAUCCAUCCAAAGUUUAUGUAUUUCCAACGGUCAUUGAUACAUUUUACUAUAUUUACACACGCACACAAACAAUCACACAUUGAAACAUUACUUAACGUUAUCUCCCCUCGGAUAAGCUCAAAUGUUUAUUUUUUAAUAUCAAGUUCUUCAAAUUCGAAUGCUCUAUUUAAUAUUUAUUAAAAACUAAGAUAGUUUAUGCGCGAACAAAACUAAAACUAAAAAACCUUAAAAUUACAUCUCUCUCAACUGUCCCAAUAAGGAUUUUUUCCCAACCUCAAACAGCCUUCCGUUCGCAUUGUUAAGCAAACAGCAACAACAGUUCAAUCACACAACAAAGCAAACAAGCACACAAAACAAAAAAAAACAACAAUCAGAUGGUGUUACUGUAUUUUUCGUUGUUAGAGUAGUUUAUAAAUAUAUUUUUGAACAGAUUUUUAUUCCGAUAUUGAUGUUUUUUGUCGAUGCCAGAGUUUUCCGAUUGUGCAAAACAGAGAAUGAAGAUGCAAAUAAUCACAGCCAGUUUAGAGAUGUGUAUAAUCGCUAAGUUAUAAUAUUAUACAGUUUAAGGUUGGAAAGUGAAAUAUUAAAAAAAGUAUAUUGAAAGAUGCAACUAAUAAAUUUAAACUAUUGUG